CGGUUCUGCAAACCAAAAGACUACAGAUCAAAAGAGUAUGGAAGAAGUACUACGAUUGCGUCUCAGAAAUGUAGCAGAGCUCGGGUUGGAAAAUUUGCCGCUUACGGAGCAGGACUUGGAUUCCUUAUCCCCAGAAACGCUGCAAUACCGAACCGCGAGCCUCUCUCUCGAUAUUCUAGAACGAUUAUCUAUCGAUGAACAGAAGGGAAAAGAUCUGGAUCUUAGCCUCAGUCAACAAGGAACUUUGAAAACAUUGGUGGCUAUCCUAUUCCGGUGGAAAGUAGCAAGCGAUACGGAGAAAUUCAACAAUUCUACUGACUCGGAACGUACUGGGGCACAACACACAUUGGUCGAGACGACUACGCGUCUCCUUCGAAUCAUAUUCCCAGAUGAUAAAGAGGACCCAGCACCACAAAAGGCAAACCAAAUCGGAACGAUCCUCUUACACAAUUCUAUUCCUGAAAUACUACCAGCAGUGUUCUCCCUGGAAGGGUCGGAAGAGUCGGAGGAUCACGACGAGGGAAACAGGCUCCAUCGAUAUGAAGAAGUCACAACCUUGCUAUCUAGACCUCCGAAAGGCACUAAUCCAGAGAAAUACUUUGAGAACGUCGUACCCCAAAUGCUAGACAUUCUACAUAAUGAAGGCAAGGGCUCGACUUCUCAACAAGCAGUCUCUUUUGUCCUUUCCAAUCUCAUGUCAUCCAGAACCACCGGAAAACUCGUCACAUCCAUAGCCGCCAGCGCUUUGUACGCCGGUUUUGAGGAAAAGAAGGACUCUACUACCAGCAAAGAGACGCCAGCACCCUACUCACCCUCUGAUACCAUUACAAUCCUUUCCAACUUUCUCGCUACAGCUCCCCCAUUAGGAGACGUACCUCUCGCCUCUGAUCUUUUGAACCCCAUUGUAGAGAAGCUAUACUCGCUACUCUUCUACUUUGAGAACAAGGCCAUCUCGGACCCUACAGAAAUCUCUACAUGCAAGGGACUACUAAUCAGCUGGACGAAAUUGGCUCCCGCAACGGACGUGUCCGACAAGCUCUGGUCGAUUGUCCAAGGCGCAGGUGGAGAGUGGAAGAUGGAUGCUGUAGGAGACGAAGGCGAUUUGAAACUCUCGUGGAGACAAGAGAUAAUUUUGGAGACUCCCAAGCUGGGAGACCUAUCCAAUCUUGAAAAGGACGCGAUGGACUUUAAUUUGCUUCACUUAAGACCAGAUCCGAUACAUCUUGUUGGACUUGUCAAGACGCUUAAUCGAAAAGAGGUCGCCUCGCUCUUCUUUAUUCGCUUGCUCUCAGCAGAGCAUGAUGACCUUUCAGAGGUCGAUCCCACAAG